CUUCUAUCCAACCGUACUCGAUGACAACUCAAAACAGUUCCUCGUUUCUCUCCAAAACCCGAAAGAGAACACAACACUGAGAGAGAGAAGAAAAGCAGUCGUGAUCCAGUGUGACAAUCGGCGAUGUUCCUGCGGGCAAUCGGACGGCCAUUACUGGCGAAGGUGAAGCAAACCACAGGGAUCGUUGGAUUGGAUGUGGCCCCGAAUGCGAGAGAAGUGUUGAUCAAUCUAUACAACAAAACCCUAAAAGAGAUCAAAGCAGUACCGGAAGAUGAAGGAUACCGUAAAGCAGUGGAGAGCUUUACAACACAUAGACUUAAAGUUUGUGAAGAAGAAGAAGACUGGGAGAAGAUUGAGGAACGGAUUGGAUGUGGUCAGGUCGAAGAGCUUAUUGAAGAAGCUCAAGAUGAGCUCAAGCUCAUCGAAAAAAUGAUCGAGUGGGAUCCUUGGGGUGUUCCUGAUGACUAUGAAUGCGAAAUUAUAGAGAAUGAUGCUCCCAUUCCAAAGCAUGUCCCAAGGCAUAUACCCGGUCCUCUCCCUGCAGAGUUUUACCAGACACUCGAGGCUGUGCAGACAAAGCGUGUGGAACCAAAGGAUGCACCUGCUGUCACAUCUGGUGAGUCGCAGUUGAAGGAGUAAAAUGCUGCUGACAGUUAUUUCAGAAAACACUGAGCUUUAGUGUUGAAUCUUUUCAUUGUUGUUAGUCAUGUUUGUGUUUGUUAUCUUGUAAUCCCUAUUUUCCAGAUUCAAAUGGGAUUCAAUUUAUGAGACUCUGGCUUGAACCAUUCCGGCAAUAAUCCGAAUGGGUGUUACAAGAAA